GUAUCCUAACUCAAACACUUAUUUCUCAUACAAGUUCUUUGAAAAAUCAAUAUACAAUAUGGGUUUCCGCAUUCCAAGUAUUAGAAGGGCAGCAAAAACAAUUUCCAAGGGUCUUGAAGUACCAAAAGGUUACCUUGCAGUCUAUGUUGGAGACAACAUGAGGCGAUUCGUGAUUCCGAUAUCAUACUUGAACCAACCUUUAUUUCAAGAAUUGUUGAGUCAAGUUGAAGAAGAAUAUGGAUAUGAUCAUCCAAUGGGUGGUCUUACAAUCCCAUAUAAAGCUCUUGCUUUUUCUUACAUACAUAGAAAGAUGGGUUUCCGUUUUCCUGUCAUCCGAAAGGCAUCAUUCUCUGCUAGGCAAGCAGCUUCAAAAUCUGUAGAAGUCCCAAAGGGGUAUCUUGCAGUGUAUGUCGGAGAGAACCAGAAGCGUUUUGUGAUUCCCAUUUCAUAUUUGAACCAACCUGCAUUCCAAGACUUGUUGAGUCAAGCUGAGGAAGAGUUUGGAUAUGAUCAUCCCAUGGGAGGUCUCACAAUUCCCUGCAGUGAACAUGUCUUCCAGUUAAUCACAUCUCGCUUGAAUUGAUGAUGAAUCUCACCCUAUAGGACACUGAUAUAGAUUAACAUAGACAUGUUGUGUACAAUAGAUUAGUAUAGAGCAUCAGAAUGACAUUCAAAGAGUAUGUCUUCUGUUUUUUGUACGAUGACAAAUUGACAAUGAAUUAAAUUCAGUUAUUCAA